CAAAAAUGCCUGCUAAAGAUUUUAUAAAAGUUGAGAAGGUAUCAAUACCUACAAAACCCACUAAAAAAGAGAAAAAGAGAAGAAGAUCGUUUAAAACGAAUAAAUCCAAAAAAACAAAGCCUGAAAAAGAGGAAACUGAUUUGAAAAAAAAGCAAAAGGACUCAAAAGAAAAAUUAACAAUGGUUUCUGUAUUGCAAAGUUCAGAUGAGUCUGAAUUUAUUGACCUAGCUCAAACUGAUUCUGAGGAAGACACAAAGUAUUUGGUCCUUGAAGAUGAAGAAAAACUAGACAUAAUAACUUAUGAUAAAUACAUUUCUCAAAGUGAAAUAAAUGACAAGAAUAUUAAUGGUAAUAAGAAUAAUGCUACCAAUAAUGCUACCAAUAGUAGCAAUAAUAAUAACAAUUGUAACAAAAAUAUAAUAAAACCAAAGGAAAAAAAAAUCAACCAAGAUUCCAAUGCCAAUAAAGAUAGCAAUGUUAAAGAAAAUAAUUGUGACAAUCUCACUGAGUUUAAUGAUGACGAUAAUUCCACUGAGUUUAAUGACAACGAUACAACUUUAAUUGAUGAUUCUCCAGAAAAGCCUAAGAUACAUGAAAAGCCUGAAAGCCUUGAUUUUUCCAAUAUAAAAACUAUUUCUGAAAACCAAAAUACCAAAUCAAUAGUUGGCAGUGGAAUAAAUACUGUUGAUUUUUUGGAUCGAAAACAAAAGUUUCAUCAUAAAGAAAAACUCAAAAAAUAUGAAAGAUUUCUCAAUUCCUCUCCAAUAAUAAGACUCAAAUUUAACGAGAUUUUGAGUGCUGAAAGUGAUAGAAUAAGAGCAAAAAGCACAUAUUUAUCAAAUACUAAAAGGAAACGAAAGGUUUAUGAUUUUGAUGAUUUUGAUGAUCUUAGCGAAAUUUCUGAUCUUUAUGAAAACGAGUUGAGCAAACGAAAGGAAGAUAAAGAAGAACAUAAAAUUUUGAGUAGUAAAUCAACUGUUAUUAGUAAUUUACAAAAAAGGGAGGAAGAUGCAAAAUACCACAAUAAUAUAGAUCAAAUAAGAUCAAACAAAAAAGCAAAAUUGGAUAUAGGCUUAACAACUAUUGAAAAUGAUAUAGAUCAAGGAGUAAAAUAUGUAAUGGUUCCUUCGUUCUUGAUUUCAUCAAUUUACUAUUCACUAAAAAAUAUAUUCAAAUUUUGA